UUUUGGCUUGAGCCAUUUUGGCUCAAGCGCGCAUUCCCUGCGCCGUGCUUCCACCGCCAUGCUGCAAUUUGUGAUACUGGCGAGCGCCUGGAUGGCUGCCUGGGCUCAGGGAGACGAGGUCUGCGACGCCAAGACUGGCGUUUGCGAGGGGCCUGGCAAGCCUCACAAGGGCGUUCUCGUGAGCACGUACGUCAAAGAGGAUGCAAAGCGCGCUUCCCUCGAGAAGGAAGCCACGACCAUCAUGGAGCUGUCAGAGCGGCAAGCAUGCGACGUGGCUCUGCUGAUCACGGGUGGCUUCUCGCCGUUAACAGGCUUCAUGAGUGAGGCUGACUACAACGGCGUGGUUAGCGACAUGAAGACGACUGCAGGCGUACUGUUUGGUAUGCCAGUCGUGCUGGAUGUACCGGAUACCACCUUCAAGGGCAAGAAGGUCUUGCUGAAGUACAAGGGGACUGGAAUGGCAGUGAUGAGUGUAUCGGACGUGUACAAGCCUAACAAGGUCAAGGAGGCCGCGGAGUGCUAUGGGACCAGCUCAACCGAGCACCCGACCGUGCAGGAGCUCUUCGAGACCCUUGGCAAGUACUACGCCGCUGGCGAGGUCUACGGGCUCGUUGACAACUUCGAGGGGAUCUGGGGCCCCGGCUUCAAGAGCCCAGCGGCGGUGCGGGCAACGCUUCCAGCCGGGAAGCCCGUGGUGGCCUUCCAGAACCGCAACCCGGUGCACAAGGCCCACUUCGAGCUCCUCGUGGCCGCGCAGGAGGACGUGAAGGACUCCGUGCUGUUCGUGCACCCGACGUGCGGGCCCACGCAGCCGGGGGACAUCGACGGCGCCGCCCGCAUCAAGACGUACGAGGUGAUGCAGGAGGAGCCCUUUUACAAGAAGUGGGCGGGGGACAAGUGGAGGUGGUCGUAUCUGCCCUACUCGAUGAAGAUGGCCGGGCCUCGCGAGGCGAUUCAGCACAUGAUCAUCCGCAAGAACUUCGGCGCGACUCACUUCAUCAUCGGCCGCGACAUGGCGGGCACCAAGAGCACUCUGACGUCCAACGACUUCUACGGGGCGUUCGAGGCCCAGGAGAAGGGCAAGAAGCACCAGGACGAGCUCUUCAUGAAGGUCGUGAGUUACGAGAAUAUGGUCUACGUCGGCGAGGAGAACGGCAACGCGCGCGGCUACGCUACGGAGUCCGAGGCCAAGAGCAAGGGUCUCAAGAUCGCAAAGCUCUCCGGCACCGAGUUCCGCAAGCGCCUGCGGUCGGGCGACGAGAUCCCCGAGUGGUUCGCGUUCCCCGCCGUCGUGAAGGUGCUCAGGGACGGCGGGGACGCCAUCUUCCUGUGAGGCGAUCGGCGCCGCCCCGACGCACCAAUACUGCGUGUGCGUCGCCCCCCCCCCCUCCCCUGGGGGGGACGAACGCACCGAGAACUCUUUUAAUAGUAUAUGCCUCGUGGCCGGCGCUUUUUCUGGCCACACCGCUCGGGAAACCAUGCCCAUCGGUCGUUGAAAGUAGGCACGCUGGGAUGCCCAGAUUCCAAUUUGCUUCGAGCGCCUCCCCACUUCGGUGGCCGAGAGGCUUCGCCUUUGCCGUCCUCUUCGGGGGGGGCGGACGGAACCCAACCUGCUUUCAGUGCCUUCCUGCCCCAUGCCUCUGCCUACGUCUUCCGACCGAUGGGUGCAGUGUCGACGCGCCUCUGUGAGCCCCAGGCCAGGCGGCCGCGCCCCGGCGCCCCGGCGGCGCGGGGCGCGGAGCCCCCAUGGGCUGCACGGGGGCGGCCCGCGCCACGACGGGGGGGCGAUGAGGGGGAGGAUUUCCGACGCCGCCGGCCGCAAGCAAUGGCGCAGGCACGGCUGGAUUUUUUGCAGGGGCCGCGCGGCUGCCCCCUGUGAGCGCCGAGAGCCGACGUCCCCCGUCCCCCGGGCGCCGCCGCCUGCACCGCCCCCCCCGCGCCGAGGAGCGGGCGCAGGGAGGGGGCGGGUGCCAGCGCCAGCCCAUUGUGUGGGCCACUUGCCCGAGGCGCUGCCGAGCGGUUGCGUGCACACCAAGGCUAAGGCCCGGCUGUGGAGCAGAGCACCGCAUCACGUCGCGACCGCGCAGCUCCGAACGAAACGCCCCAGGACCCCACGACCGUGAAGCAGGAAGCGGCGCGCUUUCUUCCUAUUUUCCACGAAGGGCUGCCAACCGCGCGCUCGUCUGCCCAAGAAUUCCUUCUGGAUGCUCGGCUCGCUCGCUUUGUCCGAGGCGGUGAUUUGUCCGUGGCCACCGCCUGGUCAGCCUGCGGUGGAUCUGGAUGUGUUCGGCCUCCCUGGGGCCCAACCCAUGUGUACAGUGGAGACCCAUGUUUCCUGUGGACUGGACUCCACUGUAUUCACAUCCACCACCCGCGAGGGUCCAGGGACGUCGGGUCUUCAGGCGGUGGAUGUAUUGCCCCGUCCCACACUUCUCUCAUGGCCACCACUGCUCGCCAUGGGCGGCUGACCUGUGGCAGUGCUUUGCUGCGCGCAGCUGGUGCCUCGCACCGCAAGGACCUACCGUUGGCUGUGGUGAUGAAAA